UACACCACCCUGGAGGGCACAAGUCUGACCUUGGAGCAGCUCAUGGAGGAACUUCGCUCUGACCUGCUCGCCCCCAUGAUGGACGCGCAGCAGAGCUUCCUGCAGCCGGGCCCCGUGCACAGCCAGACACAGGUUGUCAAUCAGCCACAGACUGUCACUAAACAUCUUGAGGUGAGGCUGUAUCCUAUUGGAUUAUUUGAGGGAAAGAUGAUUUACGCGGCUCCGGGAGACACAGUUCCUCCUCCAGUGAACGCCUGCAGUCCACAAAAGAGAAAGCGUGUGAACCAGCGGGGGAAUGACAGGCCAUACGUGAAGAAGCCGCCCAACGCCUUCAUGCUCUACAGGAAUGAGCAGAGGCUGAAAGUUCUGGCUGGGCUCAGAAACUCUGACUGUGCUGCCGUCAACACCAUCAUUGGACAGAUGUGGAGGGCGCUGUCGAAAAAGGAGCAGGAGAAAUAUUAUGAGGAGUCUGCGAGGCUGAGGCAGAUCCACAACCAGCUCUACCCUGACUGGUCGGCAAGGGACAACUAUGGAAAACAGAGGAAGAGGAGCCCGAGGAGAGCUCGACCAAAGACUGACUUUGACUUCUGUCCAGGAAAAGGCCGUCGUCCCCGCUUUGCUCCUUCAUGGCGAAAUCCACGGGACACGUCAUACAGAGAUUGAGCCUCCUCCCCUCAUAGCCUAUCUGCAGCUGUGC